CCGCGGGUCCUUCCGGCCAAGGUAACCCUUUCUUGCUUAAGAAUGUAGAUAGGGCCACUGCGGACCCCCGGCUGGUUAGGUUCAAUCCUAGGCAGAUCGUCCAUCGUCACCGAAGGGACCCAGACCUGAACACACUCCUGCUCCAUUGUGUUGACCGGCUCGUGCUGGAUCACCAAGAGAGCCGGCCUAGGGGUACCGUAGUAGUAGAUAACACCCUAGCCUUUAGGUCGAUCAUUUUUUAGGAGUAUGGGACCAACUUACGCACGUGGCCAUCACUCCAGAGGGGCAUCUAUGCUCCGGGGCUUAGGCAGUAUGUAGAAGAGUCUAGCCCCGAGUCAGAACCGGACCCAGAACUUGCGCCUGUUCGGGAAAUAAUCGUCUUAGGUUCUUCCAGCUCGGGGGGUAGGGCUCCCUUAGUAUUCGUAUACUUUUUGCCUUUAACCUUUUGCUUUUAUUUUUGCCUGAUUGCUAACUUGUAAUAACCAUGUUUUUUGUUUUUGGCAGAAGAGAUGUCUCAGCCCGAGGAUAGCCUGCGGGGCAUAGACUUCGGGGGGAAUCCCCCAGCAGGGCCAAGAUUGAAAAGGCUCCGAGGGUCCAAGAGCACAGCUGGGGGCUCCACCAAAUCUCCAGCAAAGGAGAAGGAAAAAACCCCAUCAUCCCAGGUCGAGGGGGCAAUUCUUCUUGCUGCCGGAGCAGGACACAUGCCCCCGCCGCCCCAUCGAUCUCCAUCAGCCACCCAGGACGUGGGAAUGGAGGUCGGGACCCCGGCUGCAGUGGUCCCCGACGUACGCAUCUCGGUCGAUCCCCAGGAUCUGGAGAAGAUCCCAGAAGCCUUCCAGGGGACGGUGUAUGAGUCGGCGAGCUACGCCGUCAACCAUUUCUACAAGUUCAAAGAGAAGGAGCUCCGGGCUAUUGAGACAAUGAGCCCGGUCCACGUAAUAGAGUCUUCGAUGGACAUGACCCUAACGGGCAUCGCUGCCGUACACCGAGGCAUCACCAGGACCAGAGCUCAGCUCGAGGAGAUGAGGGCUGAGCACCAGACCGCCCUUCAGGAGGCGAAAGAUGCGCUGGCGACCUCGAAGGCCGAGCUAGAGAGGACCCGCUCGAAGGUCCAAGAGCUUGAGACAUCCCUUGCCACCUCGCGAACAGACCUCGAGGCAGCGAAGACCGAGGCCCAGGCCGCCCUUGAAGCCGAACGGGCCACCUCGGAACAGUCCAUGCAGGAACUGUUCUAUCGUUGCUGGGCCCACAACCCGGAGGCUGACUUCUCUUUCAUGCCGUCGAGUCUCUGGGCGCGCUUGUUGGUGAAGUUCCAAGCCCACUUGACAAAGAGGUGCCGCCCUCGGAGACUGGGGAAGCCUCUGGUGCGGCGGAGCAGGGUGAGACCGCGACCUCCAAGGGGCCGACUGACGGGGCUUAGGGCGCUUUUUUCUUCUCUUUUUUAUUUUGAAGUAUUUUGUGUAAUCCUUAGCACGAGGUAUUUUUACCUCGAGACAAUUUGCCUUGCAAUUUUAACUUAUAUAUUUCUUCAUGCUUUUGGCUACAAUACACUUCUUUUUUUUUUUUUUUGAUAAACUUAGUUCGUGUUAACCGUUAUUUAUAUCCCGAGCCCUUUAAGAAGAACCACGAUCCAUAAAUUUAAGUUAACUUCUAAGUUUUAUGACCCGGUUAAAACCAGGAGCUUAUUUUGAAAACUUAGUUUGC